CCGAGCGGCAUUUUGGUAAUUGGCAUCAGGCAUGCAAGCAGUCCAUGCGAUCGCAUACGCGGCUCCGCUCCUUACCGUCCUCCUUGUGUUUGUGUGGAUGGCGUUCGUGAUGACGUCGUACACGGUACAGCCCGACGGAACCAUCGUCGCGACGCCUCAGGCAGGAUUCUCGUGGGGUUACAAGAGCGACUUGGUGUUCAAUUGGCAUCCCGUCCUCAUGUCGUUUGGAUUCCUCUUCUGUUCGUCCCAAGCGAUUUUGGUGUUUGUCACCAAGCCAUUCGCCCACAUCACCAACAAACUCAUCCACGUCGCGUGCCACUCCGUGUCCAUUUUAUCCGUGACCGUUGGCACCAUCGCCAUAUUCCGCUACCACAACGAACAUGGGUUUCACAACCUCCGCAGCGUCCACAGUUGGGUCGGCCUCACAACACUCAUCGCGUUUGGGGCACAGUACAUGUUUGGGUAUGUCGUGUACUAUUUCCCCGGAGCCGCCGUCCCCUUCCGGAAACAGUCGAUGCCGUUCCACAUUGGCGUCGGUCUCGGGGUCAUGGGACUGAUCGCCAUGACGUUUGGUGCGUGCUCUCAAAUGUCCUUGUUCCUACGCUAACCCACACGUAGUGUCUGGUAUUCUCGAGCAGCUGUCGUUCAACGCCAGCUGCGACUUGACUGGCACGCUACAUGGCGCGAACGUGUCGUCGUAUAUGGCGUCGGAUUGCGUGCUUGGUAGCAUCACGGCCGUGUCCAUCGCACUUCUGUUCGUGGCGCUGUUGCUGGUCGUGUGGGUGUCCAAACACCCUGUCGAGGAAACGAUUGCCAACUCGGACGUCAAGAUCCCGUUUCUAAAGUAGUGCUGCUGCUUAAGCUUCGUAAGAGUUGCAAUACCAGUACACUACAAGCACCUUAAGCGCCCUGAACCUUUGUUUUCACAAGGAGCUGUGGAGAAGCAUGGAGCACGCACGCAAGAAGUGAGUGGACGGGCACCACAUUUGCAACAUGCUGGGGAGCGACAGGC